AACUUGUUCUGAAUAACAGAUAAAAAACCCAUAACUGAAAUCUUGAGUUAAUAAUAAUUGUAUUGUAAUACAUCAAUAAAAGAAGAAAUGGGUUCAUCAUCAGCAGCAUUGUCAGCAAGCAGCAGCUGUAGCACAAACAUGAGAACACAUUUCUUAUUUGACAAAAACAAGAAUUUUGUUUGCAAGAAGAGACAAAAUCAUCUUAAAAUAAUAAGAGCUUCUGAUGAUUCACAGGAGGAUUGCAACGUUGAAGAAUGUGCCCCUGAUAAAGAGGUAGGGAAAGUAAGCAUGGAAUGGCUAGCCGGGGAGAAAACCAAAGUUGCGGGAACAUUCCCACCUCGUAGGCGUGAUUGGAGCGGCUAUGUGGAAAAGGACACAGCUGGGCAGACAAAUAUAUAUUCCGUUGAGCCUGCAGUAUAUGUGGCAGAGAGUGCAAUUAGCUCAGGGACUUCAGGUAUGUCUGCUGAUGGAUCAGAGAAUACAGCAGCAUUAGUUGGUUUUGGCGGCCUUCUUGCCGUUGCUGCUGCAUCAGUAGUCCUCCUUCAAGUAGGGAAGAACCCGCCCCCGAUACAAACAUUAGAUUACUCAGGCCCAUCCCUUAGUUACUACAUUACCAAAUUCAAACCUUCGGAAAUUGUUCAAGUUUCAGUGCCAACAGAACCUGAGCCAACUGCACAGCCAGAGAGUUCUACCCCACAAGUAGUAGAUUCAGAAUCUUCAGAAACCGAGACAGCUUUAGCUGAACAGCCAGAGGGUGUUACACAACAAGAGCCAGAGGUUGAGGUUGGAUCUGGCUAAGCUAUAAUGUUGCUACUAAAUGUCACUUUAUGUCAUGUGUCAUUGUGUCUAUGGUUUUCACCGAGUUAUAUACCUUGUUACUACAGAUAAAUUCAUCAUACCAUUAUCUCAUAUUUUUGAAAUAGAAUAUGUUCUUAGUCAA